AAAAAAUCUUUACGUCAGUCACCCCGAAAAUGGCGAGAAGUGUGUUACGCUAACAAUAUUUUUAAUUUUUAAAAUAAAUCUGAACAUUAUAUUGAAGCUAAAAUCAUAAGUUCAGUCGUCGUAAUUCGGGUUAUCAGUUUAAUUAAGAAACAGUUUAUAAAAACGUCUACUGAUAUCAGCUGUGAAGCAGCUAAGCAGUAGAAAUGAAAGUUUGGGGGGCUCACGGAGAAUUCUGCGCGCGACACCAAUGGGAGGUGAUCGUCGCUACCUUAGCCCUUCUAGCCUGCGCCGCCAGCGUUGAAAGAAAUGGUCCAGGAAACAGAUCGGAACACUGCGCAGGGUGGGCCCGCGCCUGCCCAGGACUCGAAGCAGAGUACCAGGCCGCUGACGCAGUGAUCAUGACCUUUGUCCGCUGCGCCGCCCUCCUCUACGCCUACUACCAAAUCUCAAACCUCCACAAAAUAGCCUCGAAGUAUCUCCUCAUCAUCGCUGGCGUGUUCUCCACGUUCGCUAGCUUCAUCUUCACCUCAGCUCUCGCCAGCUUGUUCUGGAGCGAGCUGGCGAGUAUUAAGGAUGCUCCGUUCCUAUUUUUGCUGGUGGCUGAUGUAGCUAGGGGCGCUAGGAUGGCGAAGGCUGGGUGGUCUGCUGGAGAAGACCAAGGGAAGAGGGUUGGGAGAGCGCUGUCUUUGCUCGGCCCCACAGCAACUUUAGACACACUUCUCGCUGUUCUGUUAGUGGGAGUCGGAGCGCUGUCUGGCGUUCCUAGAUUAGAACAUAUGUGCACAUUCGCCUGCCUAGCUCUUUUAGUAGACUAUUUAGUAUUUGUGACAUUCUACCCCGCCUGUCUGUCUUUAGUAGCGGAUUUCGCUUCAGGACGCAAAGAAAUAUCGCCUGACAAUCCUUUCUCUGAAGCUGACUUGAAACCAAACCCUGUUGUUCAGAGAGUGAAGAUGAUUAUGGCCGCUGGUCUUCUGUGUGUGCACCUGACCAGUAGAUGGCCUUGGAGCGUUGACAACGGGAUCAUAGAAGGUCCUACGGACACAUUAACCCCUGCCUCGAAUGACAACGUCCUCCUACAUUCCUACGUGAAGUGGUUCUCAGUCUCCGCCGACUACAUAGUUAUAGCGACGCUACUGUGUGCCUUAAUCAUUAAAUUCAUAUUCUUCGAAGAACAUCGAAGCUGGAUCAUUGAUAUGAACGACAUGACCGUCAAAGAAGUAAUUCAAGAGCAAGCAAGAAUCAAACCGAAAUUCUCAGUAGGAGACGACUCUAACUCUGACGUGUCGACUCAGACAGAAGGAGUUUCGGAAGAGGAGUGGCCCACUCUCUCUCCAAGCUCUUCCGCAGCUAAAUUGAACGCGAAGAAGCGUCCAAUGGCUGAAUGCCUCGAAAUAUACAGAUCUGAAGGAGGCUGCAUCUCUCUUAGUGACGAGGAAGUGGUGAUGUUGGUGGAACAGUCUCAUAUACCUUUGCAUCGGCUGGAGGCGGUGCUGGGCGACCCACUCCGCGGCGUCAGAUUGCGCAGGAGAGUGGUCGGGACAAGAUUCCAGACGGAACUAGCUAUUAAACAACUGCCUUACUUAAAUUACGAUUAUUCUAAAGUGCUGAAUGCGUGUUGUGAAAAUGUUAUCGGUUAUGUCGGAGUGCCGGUAGGAUACGCCGGCCCGUUGGUCGUUGACGGCAAAGCUUACAUGAUACCGAUGGCUACUACAGAGGGAGCUUUAGUUGCUUCUACGAAUCGAGGAGCUAAAGCUAUCGGUCCUAAAGGUGUAACGAGCGUCGUGGAAGAUGUAGGAAUGACGAGAGCGCCCGCAAUCAAACUGCCAAACGUAGUCAGAGCGCACGAAUGCAGACAAUGGAUAGACAAUAAGGACAACUACGCCUUAAUCAAAGAGGCCUUUGACUCCACGUCAAGAUUCGCUCGUUUACAAGAGAUCCACAUAGGCGUGGACGGGGCAACACUGUACUUAAGAUUUAGAGCGACAACAGGAGACGCUAUGGGCAUGAACAUGGUCUCCAAAGGCGCAGAAAACGCCUUAAAACUCCUCAAAAACUACUUCCCUGACAUGGAAGUCAUUAGCUUAUCAGGAAACUACUGUUCUGACAAAAAGGCAGCAGCCAUUAAUUGUAAAGGAAGAGGGAAACGGGUGGUCUGCGAGACUACUAUAACCAGUGACAAUUUGAGGACUAUCUUCAAAACUGACGCUAAAACUCUGGCGAGGUGUAACAAGAUUAAGAAUCUCUCGGGGUCUGCUUUGGCCGGGUCCAUUGGGGGUAAUAAUGCCCACGCAGCGAAUAUGGUGACCGCCAUUUACAUAGCAACGGGGCAGGACCCAGCUCAGAAUGUCACCAGCUCGAAUUGUUCCACAAAUAUGGAGUGCUGUGGCGAAAAUGGGGAGGAUCUUUACGUGACUUGCACCAUGCCUUCUUUGGAAGUGGGUACUGUCGGUGGUGGCACGAUUUUGACGGGCCAAGGCGCUUGUCUAGAGAUCCUGGGCGUCAAAGGAGCUGGGGUACGCCCGGCAGAGAACUCAGCAAGACUAGCUUCCUUGAUCUGCGCCACCGUACUAGCUGGCGAACUCAGCCUAAUGGCUGCCCUCGUAAAUUCAGAUCUUGUCAAAUCUCACAUGCGACAUAACCGUUCCACGGUAAACGUGCAAUCGGUGAACGUUCAACCAGACACUAUAACACUAAAAGUACCGACGUUAUAACACACAGUAUUUAUGAAACUUCUCCUCAACAUAGGGGCCUUAUGGAAAUGGAAAAUCAGUCGUUUCAAGCCGUUUUUGGUACUUUAUUGAAUCAAUGUAGGGCGUAGCACUGUGCUUCAUUUAGCUAGAGAUGUGAGAAGCCUGGUUAAACAAUGCUAGAUGGUUAUAAGAAAUCACGUUAUUAAAUCAAGAAUUUUAUUAAUUUUGAAGACAUGAUGACCCACAUCUGUGUAUUGUGAAAUUAAUUUGACGUUUGGCAAUAAAGAAUAGAAUAUCGACGCCAUUUUCUCUUUAUUUUUUUCAUAUGACAACUCGUAAUUGAAAGAGGCUUUUUUUCUCACUAUCUAUUAUUAAAAAACGUUGCCAAUGAAAAUAAUUGUUUUAAUUUCACAUCUGCCAUGAAACUAAAUAUGAAUAACAGUGAUUUUUUACUAUAUUUUUAACAGCAAGAGGAUUCGGUGGCCUAUUUUAAGCAAAAUAAUAUAUUUUUAUGUUAUGUUAUUAUAUCAAAAUGGUAUUAUCUAUUAUAUGUUUAGUCUAAUGUCUGCUAAUGCUGCAAAUGUGAAUCGAGAACAUAAAUUUUAUUAAAUAGUUGUUCAAUAAAUUGACUUUGAAUGUU